AAAGAGUUAUAAAUUUGAAGUAGAGAGGGAAACCGGUUGCUUUGAUAGCAUAUCUUGGAAGAAGACUCCUUUGCAAUGAAGAUCAGAGAUGCCUUUCUAGUCACGUUUCUUCUGACAGGUGUAGUUCUCAUCACAGCUGACGAUGAUAAAGAUCAUGAUGAUGAUGGUCAGCCUAACUAUUGCCCAGAAGACAACGGCAUGUUCCCAAAUCCCAACAACUGUGCCAGUUACUAUAACUGUGUAGAUGGCACUGCCAUCGCUAUGAACUGCGCGCCAGGUCUUCUCUUUGAUCCUAAGAAAAAAAUGUGCAAUUUUCCAAACCAAGUCAAGUGCUCUAACAUGUGUCGAGCUCCUAACGGUCUCUUUCCAAGUCAGCACCGUUGCGAUGAAUUUGUCCUUUGUACCAACAACAAACCCGAAGUUAAAAAGUGUAAGAAAGGAUUGUAUUUCGAUGCGAAUCUCCAAGUCUGCAACUACAAGGAUCAAGUGCUUUGCAACUUACCUGGAGGCGGCAAGAAAGGAAACAAGACUGAAGGUAAUAAUAAAAAAGAUGAUGAUAACAAAAAACAAAAAGAUUCUGACACAAAAGGUCGAGUGCAAGUGGGACAAUACGUAUCUGGGGAGAACCUCUUCACCAUUCAUGGCGAACUGAAAAAGGGACAUAGAGAGCUAGCAGCCGCUAGCGUGAGAUCUGUCUGUCCCAAAGCUCGGGGUCUAUUCGCCCAUGCAGAGUCAUGCAAUAUGUUCUACCAGUGUUACGACGGUGAGGUCUUGAUGAAAAAAUGUCCGGCUGGGUUGCUGUUCGAUGAGUAUCGUCAUAUGUGCGCUUAUGGGAGGGAGGUAGAUUGUGGUGAUAGGAUGGUCUCCCGGCAUCCAAAUUAUCCUUAGUUUUUUCCUAAAUCAUUUCUUUAAUUAGUAACUAAUUUAAGGACAGGUCUGGAGCAAAGACGGCGAAUGUAUGACACGUAACACGUAUACCAGAGUCGGAAAGUCGUAUGAAUUUUGUUAGUAGAACGAUUCUAAGGUGAAAAGUAAAUAUAUGUCUUGGAAGGAACAAUUUUUUUUUUUUUUUACUCAUGCCAUUUGAUUUCAUUUAAACAGAUGAAUGUGGUCUUAAUUUUAGAAGUAGAAGUAAUUAUUCCGCAUUUUUAUGCGAAUAUUUUAUCUGCGAAAUAAAACAUAGGUUUUUGACUCCUUUAAUGUUAUUGACAUUUGCGAAAUUUCGAUUUUACAGAUUUUCUUGUCUUUAUGAGUUUGCACGCUGGGGUUAAACGAAAAAAACAGUAAAGUUAUGCCUAUGUGUGUUUAGUGUAUCUGAAGCAUAUGCCAUUUUUGUGAGAACGGUUAUCCUGGGCUCUUUUUUUAUUAUGAAAUACCCGUAGAGCUUAUUAAUUAAUUAAUUAAUUAAUUUUUAUUUUAUCUUAAUUUUUAUCUUUUUAUCUUUCUUUAUUUUAUUUCAGACAUAAAACUAGUUGUUUCUCACUUAUUAUAUAAAUUUACGUAUUAUAAAUGAGUUUUUAAAAAUAAAGCAUGGUUAAAAUAAUUCAUGGAAUUAAAAAAUGGAUGCUUAAUUACGAUUUUCUGGCUUGACUCCUAUUGCGUGUAAAUGCCUCGUAAGUUUCGUGAGGGGUUAUAAUAAUAAUGUAUCGCUUUACAAUUUUCCCAUGCAAACCUGAAAGAUUCGCCGUCUGUGCUCUAGCGAUUACCCUUAAGUAGAAUUUAGCUUCAAGAAAUCAAGGUUCUUUUUAUUUGCAUUGCAAUCAAGCAGUGGCGCCAAAUAAGAAUAAGCUAUAAUUUUUCUUCUUGCAAAGUAUUUUGGGGAAAGAUUUCAGCACUAGAUUUUCAUGUCUAACGGAGUCUUCGUAUAUAUUUUAUGAAGUGUAUUUUGUAUAUAUGCAUAAUUCAUUGAAAUGUUUGGAAAUGAAUUUAUGAUCGCGAUGAAAUGUGAUAAUACUUUUUGCGAUAUAUCAUGCAAACAUGCGAAUUAAAGCACAAAACAUAUGCAUACAGCUAUGAUGAAUCAAACGUACACUUAAGAACAGCAACGUAAUUAUGAUGAAACAUACAUAAAAUAAAAUAAAAAUAUAGAUUAGAACCUUUAUAAACUAUUUCAUAGAUUUACGUUUCUAUAUGAAAAAAAAAAAAAAAUAGCAGUACACUAGUUAAUUAUGAAUGAAAUUCGUAAAAUUCUGAAAUGCCAAUUUCUAGCUGUAAGAAUUGAGUAAUUGUUACCUAUUUUCUUGUAAUAAUAGUCAGACUUAUAUAAUGUGUAAAUGCGAGUUACUUUUGUAAACAUUUACAGGUUAUUCUCGAUAACAAUAUAACACAAUUUUAUUUCAUAUCAGCCUGAAAAAUAUUGCACAUUAAUUAAAGAUAUUUACUUAAAUAUACUAAUUAGAUAAUAUUAAUAUGAAUUAUAUUGGGAGGAAAAUAAAUUUUGCGAAGUGGGAGAAAUGACAACCGUUUUUUUACCGAAAGAAAUAAACAGAGCAAAGCCAGGGCGAACGUUGUGCCAUCUAUUUCAAAAAUUAGUAGUGAAACUUGAAACUUAUUAGAAUUAAAUCAAGAAGAUAAGUUUUUGUAAAGUUAAAAACUUCAAGGAAAUCAAACAAUUUUUGUAAAAAUUUCUUACAAAAAGUUUUUACAAAACCAAAGUUCUAAACUAUGAUCGAGUGUCCAACAAUGAUUAACAAUGGAAAAUCUUUUUGUUUCUUCUAUUCGAAGGUAAGAUUCGUGUUCCUUGACGCAAAAAUUUAUAUCUUCAAAUUAAGUGUCAGUCGUCAAAUGAAGUGUCAUAUGGUCAAUCAUAAAUAAAAUCAGGUGCUCUACUAUAAUUAACUAUCGAAAAUCUGUUAAUCUUCCCUAUUCGAACGUAAGAUUCGUGUUCCUUGACGCAAAAAUUUAACGUUCUUUUUAGUUUGGCCGAUGCAUGAUAAAUGAUACUGACAAAAUAUGCUAUAAAGUUCCAAGAAUUAAAAUCUAGAUAUGGGAUUAGUAAGAUCAAGAUAUGAAUAGUAAGAUCAAGAAUAGAACAGAAAAUUUUACUGUUAGGUAAGAAAAUGAUCUAAAAGCACUAUAGAGUUAGUAACUCAUAGUUACGUUCUAAUUAUUUUAAAUGAGUGAAACUACCUGUCAUACAAUUUUAUUAGGAAACAAUAUCAAACUAUCUUUUUAAACUACAGUUAUUAUUUCAAAUAACUGCAUUCUUCAGUAGGAAAAAGUAUUAAAUUAAUUAUAAAAUAAUUACUUAUUUCUAUUCCAAAAAUGCACUUAGAGAGUGUAAUUUAAAUCACCCAAUAUUGAUUAACAAUAGGCAUUAUUUUGGCUAAUUUUCAGUACAAAGAUGUUUCCGUUCAUACUUCCGGGGUUUGAUUUACAAACCGGAAGCAGCACGUAAACAAUAUAUUCAAGAUUUAAAACUUUUUUUUCCGAGUUUGAAAUCUGAUGGGAACGAGAGAUCAUUUUUAUUUUCAGGCGCAUUUAUUUUAGGCGUAAACAAAAAUUUUCUGCUUCAUCAGUGCCAUCUGUAGAAGUCCUCUUCUUACACAGAUUAAAAUGGCGAUAUAUUUAUAUUUAUAAGCAGACUAAAAUAGUAGUGAUGUACAGGAUUAAAAUAUACAUGCGUCCGAUUUCAAUUUUCGGGCAAUUUUUUUUCCUUUUUAUUUUUGGAGAUUCUUUUUUAUUUUAAUCAAAAUUUUGAGAACUUUAAUAUUCAUUCCUUCCUUGCAGCAUUUCAUUGUUAUAUUAAAUGUAAAAUAUUUCCAAUAAUAAGAAACCUAAUUUAAAAUCCCAUAAAAAAUGUUACUCGUAGAGUAUUAACUACCGAACAGGAAAAUUAUUAAAUAUCUUAAAUACAACAUAGUAAAAAAAAUAUUUUAGGACAGUAAAAUUCUGACUAUAAUUAUUUAACUUGCUAUAUAAUGAACAACACAUUGUUUUAAUUAAAAAUCAUUUGAGAAAACAAUAACUUUACUCACAUGAAAUUUAAAAAUGCAAUUUAGCAAUACCUGGAAUCUGUUCUAUUAGCGUGCAUACCUAGUUUGACCUAAAUUCGCAAACAGCAAAAUUAAAAUCUUCAUACUGAACAGAUAGAAUAUUGAAAAGUUGAAGAAAAGAUACAAGAAUAAAUUUGAAUCAUUUAUUUAAAUACUUGGAACUGUUUAAAGUUUUCUACUCCAAACUAUGUUUAACACCUUUCGAUUGAUUCAUUACACAACUUAAGACAAUAAAAGUUAUGCAAAAAAAAAUUUUAAGUCUCAAAUUUAAAAUAUAAAAUAAUGUAACAGAUUCAUUUUUAACUGAUAAAUGAAUUCGUAUUGCUGGUUUGAAAAUUUAAUAGCACCUAAUGUUAUUUGUGCAAUCAGUUUCAAACUUUAAAAUCUUUUUAGUGUAGUGUAUAAUUUAGUGUAUUAGGAAUAAAAUACUACUAUGUAUUGCACAAAUUUUGUACGCUAAAAAUAACAAGGGGGAAUUUAAAAGGUGCAGUUUGUGUUUUAAAAUAACAGCUUUGGAAUGUAUGUGAUUUUCUCCGUUAUAUAUCCUCCUAAAUAUGUUUUGAAAAUUAUUGUAAAACUUAUCCAGAGAAGUUUUAUUGAGAAAUUAGUUUAUAUUUUAUGCUUGAACUAACCUAAUGCUUUUAGAUAUAAUAAGAAGUUUGCCUUCGAUGUAAUUAUCAGUGAAGAUAAUGUGUUAUUAUAAAAUACUAGCUUUUAAAAGUCUGAAAUAAUUUUUAUCUUAAGUCAUGUGGGAAAACAGUUCUGUUCAGAUAUUAAAUCUCAGAUUUUUGUGUGAGAGCUAUUUUUUAUUUAUUUUGAUGAAAUUAUUAAUGAUGAUAAUAUUCUUGAUUAGGUUAAAUAUUACAAUUAAUAGUAUUAACUUAAACGAAGCUAUUAAUCAGAUUUGAAACUGCCUAUUUAAGAAGAAUUUGUAAUUAAAAAUGGAAAGAAGUGAUUCUAUUAUUUUGUAAUACAAAGAUUUAUGAUGUAUAUCAUGUAGUAUAGAAAAGUACUUUUAUAAAUAUUGUGCUUUAAUGAUUAUGUUCCAGCAAUUAAAAUGUUUCUUUUAAAACUAUCUUGGUAUAUUUGUAAUAUAAUUUUGUACCUUAAAGCUCAAUAAAGAGGAUUUUAAGAUA